AUGAACAAUGAGUCAUCCAUUUUUAAUUUUACACGAAAUGCUAUUGAUUAUGCAAUCAAUCGACACCUCCCACCGAUAAAAAUUCUAUGUGAACCUAAAAUAGAUAAUCAAAAUGAAGGUGGCAUUAUUAUUAAAGGUUUAAUUAGAUCAAUUGAAAAAGAUUUUAAAGGUGUUAAUCCUAAACAUAAUGAUUUAAUUGGGUUUGAUAGUUGUUAUAUUGAUGUUAAAGGUGAUAUUGGCUGUAUCACAAGUGAUAUUGAAUUAUUUGUUUUUCGUUGUGACGAUAAAAAUAUUCCAAACAAGGUUGAGAACACGACUAUUUAUAUUAUUAAGUCGAGGAAUCUACCUCCACAGAGAUCAGUGUUGAUUAAAAAUGUUCCUAUUUCAUCUUGUGUGGAAGAUAUGAAAAUUGAAGUUAUGAAUAAAUUUAAAUCUAUUUAUUAUUUUGAUGAAGUAUUAGGAACUAAUAACGGUAGAACAAGAUUUAUAAGAAUGGAUUUAUUGAACCAUUUGGAAUACAAACAGAUUCUGAAUGCGGGUAUUAUUUGUAUUGAUGGACAAUGUUUACACGUUUAUGAAUUUCUUGCUGCACCUCGGAUUAUGUUUUGUUCUAUGUGCAAUUUACCAGGUCAUUCAAAAAGACUUUGUAAGCUUUUAUAUGAACGAUGUAAACGCUGUGGUGGUAAUCGGAAGGUAGGAGAGCACAACGAAUGUAAAAUAACAUGUCAUAAUUGUCAAGGUGAACAUGUUGCUACAGAUUAUAAAUGCCCUACAGUUCAUUCGUAUCGUAAAGAACUUAUUCAAUACCUUCGUAAACAUCCGGAAGCAUUAACAAAUGAUACUCAAAUUUUUAUUCCAUCAAACCUUCGUCAAGAAGGUGGUAAAGUACUAUGUAAACGUAUGGUAGAUAAAAAUCAAGCUGUAUACCAUUAUCAUUAUAAACCAACAAAAACUAAUUCAAAUCCUGCUUGGCCCUCGCUUUCACCAAAAGCAGCUAUUUAUGAGCCAAAUAUUAAUUUGAAUUAUCCUGAUAUAAAUUUAAAGGAACAUUCAAAUAUUAGAGUUUUUUUUUAG